AUGCUGCGCGUACUCCGUAUUUGUGGCUUUCGUUUCUUUCUUACGGAAGGUUACAGUGACAGUGAUCAUUAUAACUGUCAUGCCGCAAAUGUUCAUGAUGAUGGUGCGGGCAGUUUGGAUGAUAGGGUCAACAAUCGCGGAGCUACUAGCUGUGUGCAUCAAAAAAUCGAUGAGCUGGAAACAUUUCCAAGAACUUUUCGGAGUGCAACUUUAGCGGCUUUGCAAGCGUCACAGAAUCAAACCAGAAGAGAGCCGUUGGAGAGGAGUUAUGAGCGGCAGCAGCUUCAUUCUCAGCAUCAUUCCUCACCUGACAUCCACCUUCGUACGCAACAAAAUCGCCGUAAACCACGAGUUUUGUUUACGCAUAAUCAGGUAAUGCAGUUGGAGGAACAUUUCAAGCGACAACGCUAUGUGAAUGCUUCCGAACGUGAUGGUCUCGCCGAAAGUCUCGGAUUGACACCAACUCAGAUUAAGAUUUGGUUUCAAAAUCGACGUUAUAAAUGCAAACGUAUCGAUCAAGAUCGCUCACUUCAGCUUUCAUCUCAAUUCGCUGCUUUCCAUAAUCCGAUUUUUGGUGCAGCGAGUGUUUUUGGUUUUGGUGGAUUUUAA